CCCCCCGUUUUGGUGAAGUUGGUAGAGUCCACUCUGGGCGCGCAGUUCCGCUGGUCUUCAAAAUAACCUGAAAGCGAAAGCUAUGGAGGAAGCUUAUGAAGCAGAAAUUAAACUUCUACAAGAAGAAAUUGCAGAAUUGCAAGAACAUCUGGAAAACAAUGAAAGAGAGGUCUCUUUGCACUUUGAUAAGGACAUACCUAAACUUUUGACAUGUCUAAGGGCAAAGUCAACAACAGGAUAUGGGGAAGGUAAAAUGGAUACAGCUUCAAAUCUUGUGAUGGAAUUGGAGAAGCUGGAGAAAGAUCUUGCCCGCCAGACUAAAAUGAACGGAAUUGUUCUGACAGAGUGCAGAGUGAAGACCCUGGAAAAAAAUAAAAGCAAAAUUAUCCAGCAACACAGGCUUACUGGUUACUGCUGUCAACUGGCUUUCCAGGUAGAAUUUGAGUUGACAGAUGUUCAGGAGAACAAUGGCCCUAGAACUGUCACCAGCCUUAAUAUAGUCAUGGAUGGCUCUGAGUUUGGUGAAAUCAGCACUUUUGUGUCACAAGCAGAGGACAGCAGGAGCCUUGUAGCUUUCUUCCGCACCCUCCGGCGCUUCUCUGAGUGGUGUGAACACCGCAGCCGGACCUUCAGGCACUUCCAGGAUAAGUACCCAGACGUGGUGAGCCUUCCUGAGGGCUGCAGAGCGGACAUCAUGACGAUCCAGUGCCCGAAACUACCUGGGUGCACUUUGUGCGUCGUGUGGAGCAUCAAGGUCACAAAGGAGGGAGGGGUCACUCCCAAGCUGGAGGUGCUGCCCAGACUGCCAGAGAGAGCCCUCCGCAUGGACCAGAAGAAGGUGAUGGAAAAAGCCCCGUGCUCCUUUCAGAGUCUGCUCCGUGUGCUGGGAGUGGAGGCCGCAAUCGACAGUCUGAUAAGAGCAGUGUGUGUGGACUAGCGCCUCCUGCUGGUAGCAUGUCAGUGGUUGGGUAAGGAAGACAGAAGCCAUUCUGCUUUCAUAGCAUUUUAUUAGCAGUAUAAAUCUCUGUACAAUUCCUGUUGAAACCAAAGCCUCCAACCCACAUUCUCUUCCACCUGUAUGUACAUAUACUUGUACUGUCAAUAUUUAUAAUUAGCCAAGUCCUAAAAAAAUAAAUAACAUUUAAAUACAAAAA